CGGCAAGUGCCCCAGACUCGGCAAAGACAUCUUCCGCGCAUGUCUUGAAUCAAAUGCCGACUGGCAGUCCGAAUGCUGCAUCUUCCAAAAUCAACUGCGGCAUGCUUUCCGCACUAUGUAAAGGGGAAUAUCCCCAGUCGAUGUUUCCGACGAUAAUUCCGAUUGGAGGAUGCGGGUGGCUUGCACGCCACUCGGGGUUCCGUGCGCGUAUGCCCUCUAGGUUAGCAUCACCAUCAAUGUUCCCCCGCACUUUGUACGGAGCCAUGCGACUUUAGCAGCAUUAAAAAAAUCUCUUAAUAUGUUGGAAAUAGCUUGUACUGGAACGCCUUAUGAAAUUGGCCUUCACUAUGGCUCGCAGGCAGCUAAACUCAUCAAAGGCAGCGUCGAAUUUUACGAUGAUUAUAUAUUCCGCAGCACAAAACUGAACUGGAGCAAAGUUGUUGAGAUAGCUAACAAAAUUUUGCCCUUCUUGGAAAAGCAUGCGCCACAUCUUAUUGAGGAAUUGAAGGGGAUAUCAGAGGGAUCCGGGGUUCCCUUUGGCUCCAUUUUGGCACUCAACACACGAACUGAGGUAUCUAUGGGCAUGCUGGCCGAUGGCUGCACAACUUUGGCUUUUAAGACAGCCGACGUCUCUGUGGCCGGCCAGAAUUGGGAUUGGGAAUGUGCACAAAAGGCACGACUAGUCUUGCUUCACAUUAAAUCAGCCGCGGAUACACCACAGAAGCCAAAUAUUAGUGUUGUCACAGAAGCCGGCCUCCUUGCGAAAUCCGGCAUCAACUCGGCUGGCGUAGCUGUUUUUAUCAAUGCCAUAUGGGCUCGCGGGGUGAACUUUGAGGCGCUACCUGUUCAUUUUGCUUUGAGACUCGUCCUGGAAAGCACAGAUCGUGCCCAAGCUGUCUCAACUCUGAAGUCCCUCGGUUUGGGUACAGCUGUGCACGUCAUGGUGGCGGACGCUACUGGGGCAACCUCGAUCGAAGGUAGCCAUCUCGACACAGUGCUUCUUGAGAUGGUAGACGGCCGGAUUGCACAUACCAACCACUUUCUUACAGAACAUGCAGAUGGUGUCGUUGGGGUGCAUCUUUUUGCAGAUACUACGCAAAGAAUGGAGCGGGUUACCAAACUUCUGAGGGCGGCACAGGCUCCAGCAGGCUCUGACACGGGCGUUUCAAUUAUCGAACACAUAUUGGAGGAUGACCAAGGCUUCCCAACUAGCAUUAACAGAAAGGCUACUGGAAAAGAAACCAGCGAGACCUUGUUCAGCAUUGUUGCUGAUUUGAGAGCCGGAACGGCGCGUGUCAGACUAGGAAGACCAUCUGAAAACGAAGGCAUCUGGAACUUGCAGCCAGCGAAGUUGUAA